CAAGGUCCACCUCCAUCCCACAGCCAUGUCCUGCUACGAUCUGUGCCGUCCCUGUGGCCCGACCCCCCUGGCCAACAGCUGCAACGAGCCCUGUGUGCGCCAGUGCCAGGACUCCCGCGUGGUGAUCCAGCCCUCUCCCGUGGUGGUGACCCUGCCAGGACCCAUCCUCAGCUCCUUCCCCCAGAACACCGCUGUGGGAUCCUGCACCUCUGCUGCUGUUGGCAGCAUCCUGAGUGAGGAGGGAGUGCCCAUCUCCUCUGGUGGCUUUGGCCUCUCUGGCCUGGGCAGCCGCUUCUCUAGCAGGAGAUGCCUGCCCUGCUAAGGAUGAGGUGGAAUCCCUUGAGCCCAUUGCCCAGGAUGCCCAAAGCCUGAUGCUAGACUGAGGAUGGAGCUGCUGGCCAAUGUUUCCAGAUGGGCUGAGCACCCUCCUGCCCUCCUGCAAAGCAGAGAGGGAUGCCAGGUUGCCAGCUUCUGCUGUCUGGAAACACAGCCAGCAGACGUCAUCUUCUCCUGCUUUCUUCUCAUCAUCACAAGUCCUUGUUGUCUCCUGCUGUUCUGUGCCUUGGGUUCAUCCUGAAGCAAGUUGAGAUGGCCCUGCUUCUUCCUCUCACCAUGUGAGGGAGGAAGACAUGCAUCCCAUUGUGGCAAAGUUUGCCAGCUGAUUGCCAAUCUGUUUUUCAGCUGCCUUUGUAGCAGCUUUAAACUAUGCACUGCUUUGAUUCCUUCUUUAGACUCAAUAAAGUUUAUGCUGCAUUGUAAUCUCAGUCUCCUUGUGUUCCUUUCCUGUUGAUAUUCAUGGCAAAGCCAUUCAGGGAAAAAUAUUUUGACUUGAAGUCAA